UCGAUACCUGGUACCAACGCGAGACGAGUUCUUGGUAGUUUGGUCGUAGACGUAGUGCGGGACUAUACAAACUUGAGAGCCGUGCGCAGUUGUUUGGCAAACACGCCAGAACUGGUUUAAUGCUUCCCAGGAGGACUUCUUUUUCUCACUUGGAAGAAAUCGUACGAGACGAUACACUGAAUCCAGAAAACAAAUUAUACUAGCCGUCUUGGAAAGAUCUACUUUUGAUGAGAACAGAAACUGAACGCUCUCACCUCGUUCAAUGACCAACACGCCAGCAGCUGAGGUCCCUCCAACUAUAUCAUGUCUGGCUUUGAUGCUUUCGGGGAAACUACUUCUCUCCAAAUGUCAGCGACUGCGACGAUCCACGAAUUCAAUGAAACCACCGAGCUCGGAUUAGGAAUAGGAAAUGUGACUGUGAACGGCACGAGGAGGCCAUUCUUCCACAGGAGGAUGGAUUCUCUGCAGCUGGGACUGCUGACGUACAAAUACUACGGAUACCCGGUACUGCUGGCCUUCGGGUCUAUCGGAAACAUACUGGCGUACCUGGUCUGCACGAGGACCCGGCUAAAGAAGGUGUCGUCCGUGCAGUACCUGGCCGCCGUGGCUGUCACGGACACCGGCUUCCUGUGGACGUUCUUUCUGACGCCGCUGUACCUCUACUACGGGGUGCCCAUCAUCGUCCAGGUGGGAGUGUGUCAGUUCAUGACGUUUCUCAAUUACGUGUUCACCUUCCUGUCCAUCUGGUACCUGGUGGCGAUGAUCGUCGAGAAGUUCAUUGGCAUUUACUGGCCUCUGAAAAAGACGACCAUGUGCACGCCGUUUCGAGCGAAAAUCGUCAUGGUUUUCAUGGCUAUAUUAGCUGUGACCUGCUAUUCAUAUGUGGUGUAUUUCUUUGGACCGACCGGCAAGCACAUCACUUGGUGUCAUCCGUGGCCGGAGCUGACAAGGCAUUUCGAAAACUUAAGCAAAAUAGAUUCCGUCGUCGUCGGCAUUCUCCCGUAUGCAAUCAUAAUACUUCUGACGUCAUUAAUUUUAAUUCGAGGGUGCGAGUACUACCGGAUAUCGGCUGCUGUAGAGUUGUGGCCCAGACAGGACUCUUCGCGGUCCGAUUCUGCGCAGUGUGCUAAGAGUGAUACGAAGCUAGUGUUUCCCGUUUUAAUGCUAACGCUGAUAUCUAACCUGCCCAUGAAUAUCAUCCGAAGUGCUAUGUCUUUAAACGGAAUGCAAAUGAGGUCAUCGUUAAACAAGUGGAAUAACAUAUUCUAUGAGCUGUACAUUUUAAAUUUUGUUAUCAAAUUUCUUGUUUAUCUCAUUUUCUCUGGAAAUUUCCGUUGCCGUACGUGGAAUUUUCUCCGCACGACGGGAGAGAAACUGAGACAAAGAUGUGAGAGAGAGUCGUCACCGAGUUCUGACCCACAAGACAUCAACAUGGAAGCCAUUACUAGGGAACAGAACGCACGUGCCUGUCUGAUGCCACGGCAGUCGGACAUAUGAUCAUAUAUUUGAUAUUGAUUUUCUGCUGUAAACUUCACUACUAUAAUUAUAAAACGUUUAAAGUCGGUGAAUUAUGUUUUGUUUUAAUCGUUCUGUAUUUGCUGGCAUUAUAUUGUUUUUCCUAUU